AUGGCUGGAAACGGUGAGGACAUGCUGCAGUACUCUGACCUGUCUUUCCCUCAAAACACAACUCCAGCCAAGGCCAAGAGUGACGCGAUGGGCGGAGAGAGUGUCUACUCUGAUGUGAACAGCUUUGACCUGAUUCAAAAUGAAGAAGUUAAUCAGCCAGUUCCACUGACCACUGUUCAGCUCGGAGACUCCAUAUCUCUAUCAUGCCUAUUCGCUGAUAACAAACAUUUUCAAGUCCUCUACUGGUACAAGCAAACUAUUGGUCAAAUGCCCCACGUUGUGGCAGCUAUUACUGAUUCUUCCAAACCUGUUCUUUCUGGAAAGUUCAAUAACCUACGUUUUAAAGUGGACAAAGCUGAAGACGUAUCUCAUCUCAUUAUCAGCAAUAUCAGCACAUCAGAUGAGGCAACCUACUACUGUGCAUUGGGAACAAAGUAUCAAAUGGAUUAUAGAAAUGGAACCUUUUUGGCUACAAAUGGUGACAGUGGAAAGAGGUUUACCAAGAUAACUCUGGAGCAGCAGCCAGAGUCUGACCUAGUCCAUCCAGGAGACUCUGUGAUUCUGCAGUGUACAGUACUCUCUGAGACCUGUACAGGAGAACACAGGGUGUACUGGUUCAGAGCCGGAUCAGGAGAAUCCCAUCCAGGAGUCAUUUACACCCCUGGGAACAGGAGUGAUGAGUGUGAGAAGAGCCCUGAGACUCCCUCUCCUACACAGAGCUGUGUCUACAGCCUCUCCAAGAACAACCUCAGUCUCUCUGAUGCUGGGACUUACUACUGUGCUGUGGCCACAUGUGGGGAGAUCCUGUUUGGCAAUGGAACAAAAUUACACAUUGAAAAAGCAGCAGAGCCUGUCAUUAUCGCUCUGGGAGCAACGUUGGCUUUAAGUGUGACUGUGAUCGGUAUCCUUGUCUGCACCAGAAAUACAAGGCCAAUUUGUGAACAUUGUUAUGUAGGUGCCUCUCAGCAUAUAGGACAUGGCAGCUCAACAGUGGAACAGUUAAAUAGCCAGGAUGAAGAUACGGAUACGUUGAACUAUGCUGCAUUGAAUUUCUCUGAGAGGAAAACUAGAAGAGGAAGAAAGAAGAGAGAGACGCCACAGGAGAGUGUGUUCUCUGAUGUCAGGUAUUCAGACUGGGAGUGA